GCUCACCGGAAGUACACAUAAAGAGACAACAGCCUGCUUCAAAGCGGCGAACAUUUAUGUUUACCUUCACCACAUCCACAACAGUGUGUUAACAUUUUUCACCUCUAAUUAGUUUCUAUAACUCACUACAUCUCGAGGAAGGCGACGGUUGAACAAUUUAGAAGAUGGGCCGGAGCAAAAGUCGGAGUCCUCCAAGACGAGAGAGAAGGCGUUCCCGCUCAGCUUCACGGGACCGUGAGCGAAGGCGGAGGGAGAGGGAACGCUCUCGUUCUCGUGAUCGGGACCGAGAACGUCGGAGAAGUCGCUCUCGCUCUCCUCACAGGAGGCGUUCAAGCAGGUCUCCUCCUAGACGUCACCGCUCCUCCUCCCUCUCUCCAUCGAGACAAAAAGAUCGAGACGAGCGCAAAGACGGGAAGGAAAAGGCGUCGAAACCCAUUCAGAUCUCAGCUGAAGACAUGCAAGGCAAGACAGAGGAGGAGAUAGAGAUGAUGAAACUGAUGGGCUUUUCUACGUUUGACAGCACCAAGGGGAAGAAAAGCGCUGCAGCGGCCAACGCACACGCCAUCAACGUGAGCAUGAAGAGGAAAUACAGGCAGUACAUGAACAGGAAAGGAGGAUUCAACAGGCCACUGGACUUCAUCGCUUAGAAGACUCACCAGCUCACAGUGACCCCCCCGAGAAGAUCCUUUCUCCCCUCAAAGUCGUGAAUAAUCAACUGUUGUUUACUGUUCUUAUUAUUAUUAUUUUUUUUAACCUCAACCUGUGUUGUGUGCAUCAGACCUGUAAAUAACUUUGAAGGUAAACAUACAUGUAAAUAACUGCUUUCUGUUUGCCACAGCUGGAUAUUAUUGAUAGGAGAGCUGUAGUGUCUGGAUCUGGUUAUUUGAAAUAAACCCUUUUUAAAAGUG